AUGGCUGAAGACCCACCAGUUAACGCAUCCAGCCUUUUCGAUCUGACGGGAAGAAUCGCACUCGUUACUGGAGGUGGAUCUGGCAUUGGCUUCUACAUCUGCAGAGCCCUAGUCGCAAAUGGUGCAAUCGUGUACACCAGUUCCAGGAAGGGUGACGUCCUAGGCAAAGUCGCGGACGAACUCACCAAAAUGGGACCAGGAAAAUGUAUUGCUAUCGCUGGAGAUUUGACCAGCAAAAAGGCCUGUGAUGAUCUCGCUGCUGAACUGAGGAAGCACACCAAGAAACUCGAUAUUCUCGUAAACAAUGCUGGUAUGACCUGGGGUGCACCAAUGGAAUCAUUCCCUGAGAAUCGCUGGCACGAUGUCUUCUCUCUGAACGUGUACACUCCAUACUACUUGACCGUUGCCUGUUUGGAUAUGUUGAAGGCUGCAAACCGAGGCCCAUACGAUCCACCAAGAGUUGUCAUGAUUGGAUCUGUUGCUGGAAUCACUCAAAAUGAAAACAUGAACAAUCCCUCUUAUGCAGCUUCCAAGGCAGCUAUUCACCACCUGACCAAAGUUAUGGCAGCCAUGUUGGGUCCAAAGGGAAUAACUGUCAAUUGCAUUGCUCCUGGAGUCUUCCCUUCCCGAAUGGCUCGAUUCUACACUGACAAUUCUGAGAUGCGAGAUGCAACUGUAUCUCAAAUCCCUCUCGGAAGACUUGGUACACCCGCUGACAUAGCCGGCCUCAUUCUAUUCAUGACCUCACGUGGUGGUGCGUAUUUGAAUGGGACCGUCAUUCCUUAUGACGGUGGUCACUCUUUGGCUAGCAAGAACUUGAAGCUAUAA